CUUGAAAUGUGGCGUUGUGGCGCAAAUGGGAAGACGCCCGCGUUUGAACGGCGCUAUGACGCGCCCCGCAAUCAAUCAACUUUCGAAUGCAGAUGCCCCAAUUCACAACAAAUCACGCAACGCUCGCAGAGAAGUUGAGAUUUUGAAUACCUCCUUUCAAGGCAGCCACUUCUAUAUACAUCCCUACACCCAGACGUCUACUUUCUCGAACCAACGAUGGCGACUACCGCAGCCCUUCAGAAGCUCCACACCCCUGCCGAGGACAUGGAGCCCACCCUCCAGUCCAUCCUCGACCAGAAGUCACUACGAUGGAUCUUCGUAGGUGGCAAAGGUGGUGUAGGAAAGACCACCACUUCUUGCUCCCUCGCCAUCCAGCUCGCAAAGCACCGAAAAUCCGUCCUCCUCAUCUCGACCGACCCCGCCCACAACCUGUCAGAUGCCUUCAACCAGAAGUUCGGCAAGGAUGCGCGACUAGUCAAUGGUUUUGACAACUUGAGCGCUAUGGAGAUUGAUCCUAAUGGCAGCAUACAGGAUCUCCUCGCUGCUGGUGGUGAGGAAGGUCAGGAUCCUAUGGCUGGACUUGGUGGCAUGGGCAACAUGAUGCAGGAUCUAGCAUUCAGCAUUCCCGGUGUUGAUGAGGCCAUGUCCUUCGCCGAAGUCCUAAAGCAGGUCAAGUCCAUGUCCUACGAGACUAUCAUCUUCGAUACCGCACCCACCGGUCACACACUGCGCUUCCUCCAGUUCCCUACUGUCAUGGAGAAGGCACUCAGCAAGGUUUCGCAGCUGUCCCGUCAGUUCGGCCCUAUGUUGAACGGCUUCCUCGGUGGCGGCGGACGUCUGCCCAAUGGUCAGAGCAUGGACGAGCUUGUCGAGAAGAUGGACGCAUUACAAAAGACCAUCGCUGAGGUCAACGGUCAGUUCAAGGAUGCAGACCUCACCACAUUCGUCUGUGUCUGCAUUCCUGAGUUCUUGUCGCUCUACGAGACAGAGCGCAUGAUCCAGGAGCUCAACAGCUAUGAGAUCGACACACAUUCGAUUGUUGUCAAUCAGCUACUGUUUCCCAAGCAGGACAACCCAUGUGAGCAGUGUAAUGCGCGCAGAAAGAUGCAGAAGAAGUACCUCGACCAGAUUGAGGAGCUUUACGACGAGUUCAACGUUAUCAAGAUGCCACUGCUCGUCGAGGAAGUCCGUGGCAAGGAGAAGUUGGAAAACUUCUCCAAGAUGCUUGUCGAGCCUUUCGUGCCCCCUCAGUAAAAUUCCUUGCCCUUGCGCAGAAGAGCAAUGGUCACGCGCACAGCUGCACUCGAUCUGAUGCUCUGCGUGAUUCAGUACAUAUAGCGAUACCCGUUAGAGGCAAUUUACACCCUUGUAACAAUGCAUUUCCACAACAUUCCACAAUCCCAAACAGGUAAGCGGUGUCGGUCUGAGUCUCGCGGCUCGACGUCCAGUUGCGCGAUUCAGGACACACGAUGAUACCCUGGUAGUUACCGGGAGUUCCCAAAAGGAUUCAUCCUUGACGCUGCACGUGGACCCCACGUAGAUGCCGCGCCAUUUCAUCUCCCACGAAUGACAAGCUUCGCGGCACGCAGACUACCGCUCUGGACAGCGAGGAGGCU